GUGAGUACGUGCUUGUUGACCUGAAGUGAAAUGCAGAUGUUUUAUUUUGUGGGUGGACUCUAAAUGAAAGCUACACUUAUAAAAAUUACAAACCUUGUUGAAGAUCAGAACAUGAAAGACUGAAAGCUCUGAUAUCAUCUUUUCACCUGCACACAAUUAAAGAACAAGGUUCACUGGACCUGUCAUCAUAUAAAAGGCCAGAAUGGGCGACUGGGGAUUCCUCUCCAAGCUUUUAGACAAAGUGCAGUCUCACUCAACCAAUAUUGGGAAAGUGUGGCUGACGGUUCUGCUGAUCUUCAGAAUAAUGGUUCUUGGCGCUGGCCUGGAUAAAGUCUGGGGAGAUGAACAGUCAAGUAUGGUCUGCAACAUCAACACUCCUGGCUGCUUGAACGCGUGCUACGACCACAUCUUCCCCAUUUCCCACAUGCGAUUCUGGGUGCUCCAGAUCAUCUUUGUGGCCACGCCAAAUCUGGUCUACCUCGGCUACGUUCUGCACGUCAUCCACAAAGAAAACAAACUGAGGCUGCAUUUACAAAACCAGGAAGAGAAAAGUGGUGUAAAACUGCUCAAAUACACUGAUGACAACGGGAAGAUUUAUUACAAAGGGAGCCUGCUUGGUUGCUAUAUGCUGAGUAUCACUGUGACCAUUUUGUUUGAAGCCGGGUUCAUUGUAGCCCAGUAUUAUUUAAUCGGUCUUUGGAUGCCCACACAGCUAGAAUGUAAGGUAGAUCCUUGUCCUGCAGUCGGUCUGCAUUGUUUUACAUCCCGUCCAACUGAAAAGACCGUAUUCAUUGUCUUCAUGCUCAUUGUGGCAUGUGUGUCUUUAGCUUUAAAUCUAGGAGAGAUAUUCUAUCUGAUGGGUCGAAGAGGGGAACACAAGAAGAGGACACGUUUAAUGGAUGAAAUGCAGAAAUUAACCCCCACUAAGACAUUUUGCUGAAAGAAACUGUCUGAAAUGACAUCAUUUCCCUUAAAGCUUACUGCAUCUACUAACUUUGUAAUGUCAGCACUUUUUACUUCUUUAAUAAACCAUAAUUGUAUUGGUUUAAGGAAACAAAUGAUGCGUUUUCUGUAAUACAAUUUUAACUAUAGUGACAUCUACUGUAAAAAUGAUGCAUUUGGUUUAUAACUGUAAUACCAGGGGUUUGUAUUUAAGUAGCACUGUGGUC